AUUUUGUUUAGUUUUGUUAUUAUUAUUUUAGAGUUAUAGCAAAAUUCUUUGAUUUCCAAAUUUAAAUUGUAAAUUUUAAAUAAAUUAUAAGAAAAAAUGUGUGACCCUUCGGAAAUCCAGCAAUAUCUGGAACAGUUGAUACAAGUAGAGGAAGCUUUAAAAUAUUGUGAAGAUGCAGAAAGAGCAUCAUUAGAAAGUUUAAAAACUGAUUUAAAUGAACUGCUUGAGUUAACAGCACGUGAGCAAUGCUUGAAACCCCAAGAAGAAGAUACACUGAUUGGUUCAACUGGAAAUGGCGAAUGCAAUGAUCAACUUGUUCUUGAAUCGGAAAUUAAACAAAACACUGAAGGAGAAUUUGAUGAUGAAAUGGCACUUUUUAUGUCUGAAAUAAAGCAAAUUGAAAAUACAUCAGAAAUUGUAAAAAACUGUACAGAUGAAAAAGAGGCGAAUUUAAAAUUAGAAGAUGUUAAGAAGGAACUUCUUUCAAUGAUAGGUAAAAAGUGCUCUGCGCCACACCUGCAUUCAUGGGGAGUCAAAGCCUACCAUAAUGCAUUAAUAUGCGGUAUAGAUGAUACUAAAGAGUAUGAAUUAGAUGAUAUAAAAAAUUUUUGCGUACGAAUUAUGUUUACAAAUCCCACACAUCAAGAAAUGGUUCCGUGUUCAUACUUUUUAAAUGGGGAAUGCCGCUUUGACGUAGAUAAAUGUCGGUUUUCGCAUGGAGAAUUAGUUCCAUUUGGUGAUUUACAGGAGUAUCACGAGCCAGACUUUUCAAAAUUAGAGAAGAAUUGUGUGGUAUUAGCUAAAAUGGAUGACAAAUUAUGGCACAAAGGAAAAGUUUUAAAUGCAAAUUUUGAACAAAAUAUGUGCCGCAUACUAAUAGAUCGUGGUAAAUGUGAAAUGGAUUUUCAUUUUGAGGAUUUACUGCCAAUGGUUUUUGAUAAUGAAUCAUACAGCAGUGAUUUGAGCAGUGAUAGUGAUAGCAAUUCCUCACACUUUGAGGAUGAUAUAAAUAAAGCACGUGAAGCUAAGCUCAUAGAACAAAGCUUAUUAAGUCCAAACGCUAGCCAAAAGCUUGGAGAAUGGGAGAAGUAUACAAAAGGUAUUGGUUCAAAAUUACUUCAAAAAAUGGGUUAUAUUGUAGGCACUGGCCUUGGUGCUAGUGGUGAAGGUAUUGUUGUACCUGUUAGUGCUCAAAUAUUACCACCAGGACGUUCUUUAGAUCACUGUAUGGAAUUGCGAGAAUUGGCAAAUGGUGAUGAAAAUUUAUUCAGUGUUGAACGUAAAAUGAUGAAAGAUCAGCAAAAAGCUGAACUGAAAAGUGCUAAACAAUAUGGAAAGGAAAUAAACAGAUCGGAUAUGUUCUCAUUUCUAAACGAAAAUAUUUUGACAGGAUCAUUACAAAAUGAGGAUUCAAACAAGAAAAACAUUCAAAAGCCUAAUUCAAGUGAUUACAAAAAUCAUUCUAAUAAAAACCUAAAUGUUGAAAGUGUGAGGAUUGCAGAUGAUAUACGAAAAAAAGAAAAGGAAAUUGAAAAAUUGCAGCAAAGUUUGAAAAGGCAUGUCAGUGGAAGUGAUAUGCAUAAUAAAUUGCUGAAAAUAAGGUCUGCUAAAGACUUAGAACUAGAAAAUUUAAAAAAAUCUGAGCAUUAUUUGAGUAAGGAACAAAAUGCGAGAAAAAAUAAAAAUAAAUUAGACAUUUUUUGAGAAAC